AUGUCUGGGGACUUUUAUAGUUACACUUGCGAGGAAAGAGAUGGAUCAGAGUUUCCGAUGAGCAAACUUCGGGGUAAGGUGGUGUUAAUAGUCAAUGUGGCUUCUAAAUGUGGAUUCAGAAUGCAGUUUGGAGAAUUACAGGAUCUGUAUCGUGAGUUCCAGAACCAGGGGCUUGAGAUUCUUGCCUUUCCUUGCAAUCAGUUUAUUAACCAGGAACCGGGUACAGAUGAAGAAAUCGGAAAGUUUUGUCAAGAGUAUUAUGGUGUCACCUAUAAAGUAAUGAAAAAAUGCAAAGUCAAUGGAGGUGACGCCAUCCCACUAUAUAACUAUCUCAAAGACCAAAAACCGGGCACAUUGAGUUUUAAAUUCAUAAGGUGGAACUUUGAGAAGUUUUUGGUGGAUAGAUCUGGAAAGGUAAUAAAACGAUACUCCACACUAGUAAAACCUAAAGAUAUGAGAGAUGAUAUCAUUAAACUAUUAAAUGGGGAAGAGGUUUGA